AUGUCAUUCCUGUCAACACCUGCUCACCUUGUUGGCACUGUGUCAGUGCGGGAUGCACAGCUCGAAAGGGCUAUCGAUUCAUUCCCUAUAUAUAGCAACGCCGAAAUAUACGUUGGUCGUGAUCCAAGGCGAUGUAACCAUGUCGUGAACGACCCAGUCAUCUCCAACAUUCACCUUCGGAUCUACACAAUAAUAUUUGACCGAGAAAACCCCGAUGAAGUUGCGCCUUUAGUGUUUGAAGACCAGUUCAAGGUUACGUCGGAAAAGUUGGGAUCUGGAGCUUACGGGCAAGUACAUAUGGCAUUUAAUAAGGACACUGGCCAGCAACUCGCCUGUAAGAUUGUCGACCUCCGUGCCUUGAAGAACAAGGUUAUUAGGGAAUCAGAAGAUCAGCAGUCUAGGCACUUUAAAGAAAACGCAUUUGCACACACCGGAAAAAGGUUGCUCGUUAUUCGUGCUUUCAAGGAAGCCCUUCAAAGGAAGAUCCAGGAGAAGCUUGACGUAUACAGCCGUGAGGCCAGAAUACUUGAGAGCCUCUGCCAUCCCAACAUCAUUAGUAUUGAGAAAGUGAUCGAAUCGAGCAAUACAAUUUACCUCUUCCAAGAACUCGUUACGGCUGGUGACCUAUUCUCCUACAUACAAUAUAAAGGCGGAAAAUUAGAUGAUAUUGAAGCCGCAGUCAUCGUGCGACAGGUCCUGAUGGCCUUGGACUAUCUGCAUCAACGGGAAAUUGUCCAUCGGGAUCUAAAGCCAGACAAUAUACUGAUGACAUCUCUAGCAGAUGGAUGCAGAGUCGUACUCACCGAUUUCGGAUGUGCCAGACUUGUGCGGCCAACUGUUGAGCGGAUGUCUACGCUGAUCGGCACAUUCGACUACAGCGCCCCCGAGAUGCUCAAGUCCAAGCAAGGCUAUACAAAAGCCGUAGAUUUGUGGUCACUGGGCUGUGUAGCAGCCGUGCUCCUGACCGGGGACAUUCCAUUUAAGAACUCAUUGACUGCUGAUUCGACAGAUCUUUCUCGAGAGCGUGACCUUGAGAAACUCGAAGCCGACAUGGAUUGGAACAAAAUCGGACAACGCGCGAGGGACUUUGUUCGCAGGCUUCUUGUGUUUGAUGAAGCGAAGCGCAUAGACGUUAAACAAGCGCUGAAUCAUAACUGGUUCACCAACCCAGCUCAUCGAGUGGAGUUCGAAGCGCUGUACCGACGAGCGAUCAGAAGCUGGCGGCCUCGCUCGCAUAAGGGCUCCCUAAUAAUCAAACUGGGUACUUUAAUGAAAAUACCAGAACAAUGCAGCGAGCUUAUGCAGACCCUGUGCUCUGAUGGGUAUUCAAGAGUCGAUUCGGGGCAGUCAUAUGCUGCUAGAGAGAUACCACAUCAGAUGAGGGAUUCGCCAACACCAUCAGUCUCACAGGAGUAUGAGUUAGGGGGUGGAAAUUCCGCUUCCAUGUCCACGACUCUUUCAGACCCCGAGCUUCCACCGCACUGCUGCGUAGGGUACACAGACACAAGCCCACCACAACAUUUACAUACAAAUCAAGGCCGAGAUUUUCUUGACCCAGAUCCACAGGAAUCUAUCUAG